CAGUCAGUGGCGGGCUGCCGUGCGCGGCUUCCGGUUCCGGCGGCGCACAGGGUGGUGUGCGAGCGCGAGCAGCUGUUGGGGUCUGUGGCUGGACAUAGGGGUCGGUUUGGCAGGCCGAGCCUCGCCGCGAUGCCCUUGCACAAGUUUCCCGUCCACCUCUGGAAGCAGCUCCGGGUGCGUGAAGGCAUCUACUCGCGCCUGCCCCAGCACUACUUGCGCUCCCUGGAAGAAGCGCCCACCCCCACUCCCGUCCACUACAGGCCCCAUGGGGCCAAGUUCAAGAUCAACCCCAAGAACGGGCAGCGGGAGCGCGUGGAGGACGUGCCCAUUCCCCUUUACCAUCCCCCCGAGUCCCAGCUGGGGCUGUGGGGAGGCGAGGGCUGGAUCAUGGGCCACAGAUAUGUCAGUAGCCAUAAGCGCUCUAAGAGAGUGAAGAAGGUCUGGAAGCCGCAGCUGUUCCAGCGUGAGCUAUACAGUGAGAUCCUGGACAAGAAGUUCUCUGUGACUGUGACCAUGAGGACGUUAGAUCUCAUCGACAAGGCCUAUGGGUUUGACUUCUACAUCCUCAAGACCCCAAAGGAGGACCUGUGCUCCAAAUUCGGGAUGGACCUGAAGCGCGGAAUGCUGCUGCGCCUUGCCAGGUCGGACCCACAGCUGCACCCAGAUGACCCAGAGCGGAGGGCGGCCAUCUAUGAAAGGUACAAGGAGUUCACAAUCCCUGAGACCGAGGCAGAAUGGGUUGGUCUGACACUCGAUGAAGCUGUGGAGAAGCAGAGGCUCCUGGAGGAGAAGGAUCCAGUCCCUCUGUUCAAGGUCUACAUGGCCAAGCUGGUGGAGCAGCUUCAGCAGCAGGCACUGUCUGAGUCUAUAGUGUUGCAGAAGAAGGCCAUCGGGAAAUGAUGGGGCACUGUGGAGAGCCUGGGGGACGGCAGAGCCACCGUGGGCAGUGAGCGAUGCUGGCCUGUGCAUUGCAUUUGCAGUGUCGCUUCGGGUGGGGUGGUCUCUGGGGGCCGAGGAGUCUCUUAUUGCAGAAUCUUGGGAGCCCAAGCACUGGGCCUUCUUACUGCCUCUUGGUUCCUCCCGUCCCUGGUGAGGCCCAGCCCCUCUCUUCAGUAUCGGAGGCCCUGCCGUGGGUCCGCCAUACCCCAGGGCGCGCACCUGUGCUUGUGGAGCAAGAACAAUAAAGUCUGAACGGAGCAGA